UGUCGCGCAAAAAAUGUGGCAGCGAUCGUUGACCUUUCGCGCUGCGGCGCACAAGUCCUUUGGACGUAGCAGCAGCCGCCUCGUCGAGGCGUCAGUACCAUCAUCAUCACAUGCAGCCUAUCCCUUUGCCACGCGCUGGCUGAGCUCAUCCCCAGUCGCGUCGCUCCAGAAAUGUGCAUCGACUGGCAACUGGAAGUCAGCGUUGAACAUCCUCGCCGAGUUGGAUCAGCGCGGAGAGACCGACGCGGAGGCGUACGAGUUGGCCAUCGAAGCUUUAGGUCGUGAUCACAAGUUCGAAGCCAUGGAAAUGCUCAUGAACACUAUGAAGAACGACGGCGUCGUGGCUACCUCCACCACCGUCGACAUGCUCGUGCAGGCGCACAUGGCCCAUACGAACGGCCUCAAGAUCAUUCAAGUGGUCACCGAUCGGCUACGAGAAAAUAACCCGGUGAGUCUGCCUGCGUUUCAAGCCGCCAUGGGCGAGUGCUCCACGUUAGGCAAAGUCGAAUAUCCCGAAACCAUGCUGCAACUGUUGCGCGACACCCCCAACUGCGCAACACCGCUGAGUGCCGACGAGUACGCCGCGCUUAUCCGGUGCUUUGGCGUGUGCAAGCGGUCGGACCUGUCCAUGCACGCGUUGCAUCUCAUGGAGGAGAAGGGCAUCGAGGGCACCGUGGACGUGUACACGCAGCUCAUCCGCGCGCACAUCUCUGUCGGCGCGGUGAACCAAGCGCUACACGUGUUUUCGUUGUGCGACCGCCGCGGGGUCGUCCUGGGCGAAAACAUCUACGCCGCCACGAUCGGCAAACUGUGUGACAAAAAAGGGUUUUGGCUUGCGACAGAGUUGUUUGCGACGAUGGACGCCAAGGGGGUCCACGCCAGCCACUAUUGCAUGGCCAAGAUGAUCCUGGCGUACAUCCGCACCAACAACCCCGAAGCCGCGCACGCCAUGUGGGCCCGCAUCCGCGACCACGACCGCCCCGCCACCAUCGCCACCUACAUGGGCAUCAUGCAUGACUGCGUUGUGACGGGUGAAAUGGACAUCCUUCUUGACGUGUUUUCGCAGAUGCAGCUGCGUCACGAAAAGCUACCCAACGUCGCGUACAGCUUUGCGAUCCGGGGCAUGGGGCGCCAAGGGGAUACACGGGGCGCGUUGGAGCUUAUGGAGACGUUUGUCGAUACGUUUGGCCCCCCCAUCGACGCCACCACAUAUAUCGCCGUGUUCAAUGCGUUGGCCCGGUCCCCCGCAGACAUGCCCGUGGAGACGACCCGCGCCGCCAUCAUGCACUAUUGGGACAUGAUGGUCCGCCACGUACCAGAGCUACACGCGCCGGCGUACGCGAGCGCGGCGGGGGCGUUCGCCAGCAUCGGGGCCCUCGACUCGUUGGAGCGUCUGCUCGAGCACACGCGGGAGAACCUCCCGGCCGACAGCAACGUGCUCAUGUACUCGGGCAUCGUGUCGGGAUUCGCCAAGGCAUCGGUCGACUACUCGGAGCACAUCCGGACCUUCAUCCAGCGGAUGAUCGAGGCUGGCGCGCCCGUCAACGACGCGUCGGUCCGCGCGGCGUCGGACGCGUUCGUCAAGUACGAGCAUUGGAACUACAUGGAAGAGCUGCUGGCCAUCAUGGAGCCGAGUGCGUUCAACCGGCCCCAAGGCGUGGUCGGCGACUUCUUGUCCAAGCUGCUCGAGGUGAACCACUGGCCGCUGGCGCGCAAGACCAUCAACGCCGCGCUGGCAUGGGACAUCCAGCCGCAUAUCCGCGGCAAGCCGCAGGUGCUGCAGACACUGGCCGACAGCACCCACGAAAGUCCCGAGUGGAAGAUUGCGUACAGCUUGGCGCUGGAAACAGUCUCGUUUACGACCAUCAACGACGAGCACGUGUUUGCAGUGUGCAAUGCCAUGAAGGUGCUGUACCGUGCGGAACGGCAUGCGCUCGUGGCCCGAUUAUGGUACGCGCUCAAGUCCAAGACCCACGGACCGUUCCCCAUCGACGCGUACAAGUGCAUCGUUCUCACAAGCUUGACGUCGGGCUUCCCCAAGGCGGCAACGGCGGCGGCGACCGAGAUGAUCUCGAUGCUGCAUCGGUACCACCAAGAUAUUGUCGACACAUCCGAUGUGGCGGACGUGGUGUCGGUCAUCCUGUCGGCGUUUGCGCAGCACAACGACUGGGAUAUGGUCACGACCUUGUUUGAGCUCAUGGAAAUGCACAAUUUUUUGCCCAACGGGUUUGCGUACCUUGGCGCCCUUCGAGCGUACGCGCAGCUAGACCAGACGGACAACGUGCACCGCCUCUUGACUGCAUUUGAGGAUUACAUGAGCACCACCCACAUGGAUCCGUCCGAGAUGAGCAACACGCUGAGCAGCCUCACGUCUAUGUACGCCACCAAGCGCAACGAUGACAUGGUGCUCACCGUGUUUGAGCUCAUGAACAAGUUCCAGCUCACCCCCAAUUCGUACGCGUACAACGCCGCUAUCCGCGCCUACUCGCGCCGCCAGCAGCUGGACAAGGUUGAGAAGAUCGCCACCUUCCUCGCCAAGUCCGACGAGCCUGUCCACGAACGCGUGCUCACGUCCAUUCUCAACUCGUACCUGCUGGUGCAAGACAUUCCAGCGAUCGAGCGUGUCAUGAAACAGUUCAAGUGCGACCCCAACGCGGUCCUCCAGUCGUACUUUGCCUUCAACAAAUUUGGGCCCGUUGUCACGCUCUUAAAGUCCCAGGGCAACUACCUCGAACGACGCGCGUGCCAGCUGACUCCUGCGAUGCAAACAAAUGGACUCAAGUGGCUGCUAGCGCGCGGGGCUACGACCCAGGCGGCGGACGUUGCCUUGUUUAUGCUUCAGAACGAUUACCACAUCCUCCCGCACAUGUUUGAGCACAUUCUCGACAGUCUGAGCCUCGAGUGCGAGUUUGAAGUUGGCUCGACCUUGCUCGAAGCGUACAACUCGAAGCGGACAUUCCUCAACAAGUCGUCGGGCGUUGUCGACUCGAUCAUCACCAUGAUGGGCAACACGAAACAGUACGAUGGCAUUCUGGACAUGCUCACGGAAAGCACGCAGCUGUUCGACGUGCAGCAGUACGGCCUCGGCAUGUUUCUGUGCAUGGACGGCCGCGCGCACGUCCACGUCCUCAAGAUCUUUGAAAAGAUGCGCCAGCGGUUCAUCGAGCCCAACGGCCAAGUAUUUUGCCUCGCGUUGGACGCGUGCCAAGCCCUCAAAGAUACCCGCGUCGGCAAACUCAUUAUCCAGGAUAUUGUUCGCCACAAGUUCGAAAAGAAGAUUGCCAAGGAACUGCAUGCGCGCCUCGAGUUUGCGCUCCGCCCAGAAGCGCUCGCGCUGGACCCGACACUUGUUGAACGCGUGGCCACAUUGACGCUGUUUCUCGAGAGCUGCGGGCUCCCGAUUCCCCAUACCUUUGGCGGCAAACUCUUGCUCAAGUCCACGAGCGACCGGUUGACUCUACCUACGCGCACGCGCAUCUACGCCAGUCUCAAAGCGUCGGCGCGACUGCACCAAUCGGCCCCUACCCGUCCGUGGUGGAAAGCCGAUUCAAAUGGCGCGCGUAACAAUGGCAAAUUUUAAUUUAAAUGUGUUUACAUAUCGACGACUACGGUGU